GGUGUAGUUUAACAGGAAGGGGCGGCGGGAAGGAGGAGCCGCUGCCUCGGUACAACUUUUAGUUUCCCCGCUUCAUUUCCUCGUCUUCCCCCUCACUGUCCUGGUCUGAUCCGGCUCACACAUCUCUCCGGAAAACUUCCAUAAAACCCCAAAAUGUACCGGUAUAUCGGAGAGCUACUCACCCGGGGAGCAGGAAGUGUCCUGGCCUCAGGCUGCUCCGCCACCGCCGCCGCUGACUCGGCUCUCCCGGCGUCCGCCUCUCUGCUGCGGUACCGCGGCUACAGCCAGGUCGUGGACCGGGACGACGACCCCAACUUUUUCACCAUGGUGGAGGGCUUCUUCGACCGGGGAGCCGCUAUCGUGGAGGACAAGCUGGUGGAGGACCUGAAGACCCGGGAGAGCCCCGAGCAGAAGAAGAAGAAGGUCCGCGGGAUCCUGCGGAUCAUCAAGCCGUGCAACCACGUCCUGAGCGUCAGCUUCCCCAUCAAGAGAGACAGCGGAGAGUGGGAGGUGAUAGAGGGCUACCGGGCUCAGCACAGCCAGCACAGGACGCCCUGCAAGGGAGGAAUCCGUUACAGUACAGAUGUGUCGGUAGACGAGGUGAAAGCUCUGGCCUCGCUGAUGACGUACAAGUGUGCUGUCGUAGAUGUGCCGUUUGGUGGAGCCAAAGCCGGAGUGAAGAUCAACCCAAAGAAUUACUCUGACACUGAGCUGGAGAAAAUCACUAGGAGGUUUACAGUCGAAUUGGCCAAGAAAGGCUUCAUUGGGCCUGGCAUCGACGUUCCUGCUCCGGACAUGAGCACCGGGGAGCGGGAGAUGUCCUGGAUCGCAGACACCUUCGCCACCACCAUGGGUCACUAUGACAUCAACGCUCACGCCUGCGUCACCGGGAAGCCCAUCAGUCAGGGAGGAAUCCACGGUCGGAUCUCCGCCACCGGUCGAGGAGUUUUCCACGGCAUCGAGAACUUCAUCAACGAGGCGGCCUACAUGAGCCAGCUGGGGAUGUGUCCCGGCUUCCAGGACAAGACCUUCGUCAUCCAGGGUUUUGGUAACGUGGGUCUCCACUCCAUGCGUUACCUCCAUCGCUUCGGAGCAAAGUGUGUCGGAGUCGGAGAAAUGGACGGAAGCAUCUGGAACCCCAACGGCAUCGACCCCAAAGAGCUGGAGGACUACAAGCUGGCCAACGGGACCAUCGUGGGUUUCCCAAACUCAACGCCGUACGAAGGAAACAUCCUGGAGGCCGACUGCGACAUCCUGAUCCCAGCAGCCAGCGAGAAACAGCUGACCAAGAGCAACGCACACAAGAUCAAAGCCAAGAUCAUCGCAGAGGGAGCCAACGGCCCGACCACGCCCGAAGCCGACCGCAUCUUCCUGGAGAGAAACAUCAUGGUGAUCCCGGACAUGUAUCUGAACGCCGGUGGUGUGACAGUUUCAUACUUCGAGUGGCUGAAGAAUCUGAAUCACGUCAGUUACGGUCGACUCACCUUCAAAUAUGAGAGGGACUCAAACUACCACCUGCUCAUGUCUGUCCAGGAGAGCUUAGAGCGGAAGUUUGGGAAACACGGAGGCUCCAUCCCCAUCGUCCCCACCUCUGAGUUCCAGGCCAGGAUCUCUGGAGCAUCUGAGAAGGACAUUGUUCACUCAGGUCUGGCCUUCACCAUGGAGCGCUCUGCCAGGCAAAUCAUGCGAACAGCCAACAAGUACAACCUGGGUUUGGAUCUGCGGACAGCGGCGUACGUCAACGCCAUUGAGAAGGUCUUCAAGGUUUACAGCGAGGCCGGCCUCAUCUUCACAUAGACUCACGUCCAUCCUGCUCCAUGUCUGUCUGUUACCUGUCUGUUACCUGUCUGUUACCUGUCUGUUACCUGUCUGUUACCUGUCUGUCUUCCAUCAGCUCUGCAGGAAUUCCUCAACACUUCACUUUUCAAACAGACUGGGGCUUUGAGUGUUUUCACGCAGCAGCAGUGUGAAUGAAAAGGCUGAAACUCUGUGUUUCAGUUUCUUUGUUUCGUUGUCGUCGUUCCUUCACCUGUUUACGAUCUUUUUCUCUCCAGAAAUUUGAGGUAAACCAGAUAAACUUGGCGUUUGACGGCUUUAAAACGGGUUGAAUCGCUGCUGUUCUGCUUUCUGAUUAAUCCUACAGCUGCUUCAUGCACAUAUCAACCUGAAUAUGUAGAGAAAUGAUCUAAUGAUUCAAGCCUUAAUACCACAGAGAAGCUUCUCACAGUUUGCCUGUAAUACACUACAAAGCCAGAAGUAUGUGGACAUCCUUUUCAAAAGCUGUAGUGUAGGUUUGGUCAGAUUAUUUUUUUGUCUCAUGAUUCACUGGAAAAUGUUCAGUUUUUCAAAAUAAGUGAAAUCAAGACAUUCGAAGACGCCUCCUUCAGCUGUGGGGAAUUUUCACUGCAGCUAACAAUUAUUUUCAGAUAAUUACUAAGUGUCCACAUACUUUUGGCCACGUUGUGUACACUGUAACUGAAUGUCUGUCUCGGGGUGAGGAGUUUGUAUAGAUUUAUUUUCUUUUUAUAUAAUGCGAUGCACACGUGCCUCAGGACUUUAGCUUUAAUAUUUACUGCCUUCAGAGUGACGUCAUUAAAGGAUCAUUCCCGUG